CACAUUCGGUUGAGAUUACCAUCACCGCGAAAAAAAUGUCAGGCGUUUGGGUUUUCCGAUCAAACGGCGUGAUGCGCCUCGUGGAAAACUCCCAAGCCGGCGGCGGCACCGGCACCGGCGCGGACUACUCCUCCGGCGGCGGCGGAAGAAAGAAGGUUCUGGUUCAUCUUCCGUCGGGGCAGCCGGUUUGUUCUUACGGAUUCCUUGAGAAGAUUCUGGAAGGUUUAGGAUGGGAGCGAUAUUACGAAGGCGAUCCAGAUUUGUUCCAGUUUCAUAAGCUUUCUUCCAUUGAUCUAAUUUCUCUUCCAAUGGAGUUCUCCAAAUUCAACUCCGUUUACAUGUACGAUCUCGUCGUCAAAAACCCUAACGUCUUCCACGUUCGAGAACCCUAAUUUUCUUCCUCUUCCUCUUCCUCUUCUUUUUCCUCCAUUAUU